GAGAGAGUCAAAUUUAAAAGUCCCACUAUCAACGGUUUUCUCGGUCCGGUUUGGCGGUUCGGGUUUUUUAUUCAUUUUAUAACGGACAUGUUCGAAUAUUCGCUUUAAGAUAAGUUAAGCGUUGAAAUAUGGAAGAAUAUAAACCGAGUGGUUCUGAAACUGAAACUCCGUCUAAAGUAUCGCAAAAGAAUUCAACAACAAAACUUAAGCAAAGUGUUAAUUUAAGACAUAAUUAUUUUACACCGCCCUCGAGGUACACAAGACUGAGGAACCCUUUCGAAGCUCAUCUAUCUGAAAGAUUCCACACAAACGUAUUUAGCCCUUCUGCGUUCAAAGUAUCUAGUCAACAAGUUGAAGAUAAAUUCAAGUGGAGUAUUGAUGAUAUUUCAUGUAUAAAACCUGUGGAUAUUGAUGAAACUGCAGCAGGACAAUGCGAUCACCAUUUUGAUAACACAAUGGAAUCACAUGUUCAAGCCAAAAUUGAUCUCUUUUUUAGUCAAAGUGUUGUCCCUAGUCCUUUUAAUAAUGAUUGCAAACCUGAACCUUUAGUUAAAGAGGUGGAAACUCCUAUUAAGGAUGUGAAGAGAACUUGUGAAGUAUCUACACAAACUGCAUUAAGUCUCCCAAUGGAUUUACCACCAGAAUUAGAGAAAGCACUCCAACCAUAUUUUAAUCCAGAAGAAUUAAAAUGUGUUGAAUCUUCAAAUCCACCUAUAGAUGAAUUACUCUAUAAAAAAUUAUUUGAUAUUGAAGAAUGUGAUAGGAGUGAUGGUGAGACAAUCGAAAGUUCUCCUCCAAAAUCAUUACAUUUAUCUCCACUUACUGCCAAUCCAUCUCAUUUACAUUUAUCACCCACCUUCAAAUCAAUAAGGUUUGAAGAAAAUUUUGAUAGGGACCUUGAUGGUUCAUUCAAUUUGGAUGAGUGCAAUUUAUCGCCGAUUAGUGCUCAUAGGAGCAAUUACAGAGAGAGAAGUUCUGGAACUCGAAUCGAUUUUGAAGAACGUAUGAGUUUAGAUACAACCAUGAAUAUGGUUCCAGAUGUUUGUGGGCCUAUUCCGAAGACUGAAUUUAAUAGUUUUACAGAAUGUAAUGUUUCUAUGAAAGAAGCUAAUACUUCAAAUAGUUCCGGUUCUGUUAUUAAUUGGGAUGUUGAAUACAAUAAAAUUGAAGUAUCAACACCAGUAAAAAACAAUGUUGAAAUGGAUGUUUCAAACUCAAAUACUCCUAAGUCAUCUUUUGGAUAUAGAAAAAAAUUAUCCGCCAGUUUUGCUAAUGAAGAGAUUGCCAGAUUGUCUGUUAGGAAUUUCACUGGCAAAUCAUACGCGGAUAACACUGAUUUAACUGAUCUCGGAUAUCAAACUGGAGCUACAACUGUUUUAGAUGAUAAUUUGCUCAAUAUUUACGCUUCAACGCCAUCCAAAAAACUGUCUUAUAAUACAUGAAUUGUCUGUAUGUUUAUGUAUAUUGAAAAAAUUAUAUUUUGAUAGAUUAUACUAUAUUAAUUAAGACCAUUGCAGUAUCUUUGCAGUGACUAUUAUUGCAAUAUUUAUUUUAAUACGUUUUGUUUUUUUUUUCGAAGACUAUUUUCUUAUUGUGUGUAAUAAAU